CAUUAGUCAUUUAUAGCUUGUUGUCUCUUGAAUAUCUCUUGAUUGUUUAGAAAGGUUAGUAAAACCGCAAUGCUAAGACUGCUUAUUUAAUUUUCGAAUCCACCAGUUAUCUAGAUCGAGAGGUAUUUAUAUUCGACUACUUCUUGUGUUCAGGAGUCAGUAUAUAAUUCUACUUUAUAGCUUAAGUACCGUACCUACCUAACCUAAAGUAUCUAUAGUUAUAUCAGUUAUCUUACAUCUUUAUCAGCUAUCUCUAUGUGAAGAUGGAUAUUUGUAAGACUAAACAUGAGGGGAUUCAUUGAUUGGGUACCUAACUGUCGAGUUAUUGGUUAUAAUCAUAACUCAUAUAAGAGAGCUAAGAUCCGUACCCCUGCACCAAUUAGAAAUCAAGUCAAUAUUUCCAAUGAUUUAUAUAAUCGAUUGUCACGUUCAAUUGAUCCAACUUUAGCCAAAAAGGAGUUUUGUGCUUCACCUGGUUACUCCUUUGGUAUUGUACAGUACGAAUACCCCGAUUACGCCAUUGCCCCGACCGAAGUCGACAGCCGUAUAAGGCGGGGGAAUUGACCGUGACACGGUAUGACAACUCCAACGAUCUCAAAACACCAUAGAAGAUAAUAGCAUUUAACUACAAACAAAAUCAAAAAGCCCUUCUUCUCAGAAUAAAUUAUUAUUAAGAAAAAAAGAAACUCCCCAAAUAUGAGAAACGUCCUGAUUGAAAACCCCUCAGGCACCCCCGCAGCUAAGAUGGCUACAAAUGCGACGAAUGCGACGAAUAAGGAUCUGGCGGGACACAAGAUCUUGCUGAUUGUGCCGUGGGACCCUCCUGCGGGCUACGUCGAUGGCUUGCGCAAGACCUAUCCCGGCCUGAAAGUAUUCCAUAUCCGUUGGGAUACAUGGAGCAAGCCGGACCUCCCGCCCAAUAUCACGCCCGAAGACUGGAAAACCGUCACCAUCCUUCUCAUCGGUCCUAGGUUCCCUACCAGAGAGCAGGCGCCCAAGUUACAGCUGGUUCAGCUCCAGAGCGCGGGGGCGAACUAUAUAUUGAACAAUCCUCUAUUUACCGAUACCGACGUUGCUUUUUGCACCGCCAAUGGCGUUCACCCGCCGCAAAUCGCGGAAUGGGUUAUUAGUACAUACCUCGCUUUCCAGCACAAUAUUCCCACUUUCCUUGAACAUCAGAAGGCGCACAGAUGGGAGCAUAGUUAUAAUGACUCGGAUACCCAAGACGCCGUCAGCCAACGAGUUGGUAUUCUUGGAUAUGGAAGCAUCGGAAGACAAGUGGCACGGAUAGCCAAAGCUAUUGGCAUGGAAGUGUACGCGUACACGAACAGACCCAGACCCACGCCCGAGUCUCGUCGUGACCACUCGUACAUCGUCCCGGGCCUAGGCGACCCGGACGGAACCCUGCCAUCGAAAUGGUACUCGGGGACAACGCCCGAAGAGAUCAACGAGUUCCUCUCCGCGGACCUCGACCUCCUCGUUCUCGCGGUCCCGCUAACGCCCCAGACGCAAGGGCUGAUCGGGGCGCCGCAGCUGCAGCUCCUGCGGAAGAAGCGCACGUUCGUCAGCAACAUCGGGCGGGGGGCCGUGGUCAAGACGGACGACCUCGUGGUCGCGCUCAACGAGGAGUGGAUCCGCGGCGCCGCCCUCGACGUCACGGACCCGGAGCCCCUGCCCAGGGACCACCCGCUCUGGGACGCGAAGAACGUCAUCAUCACCCCGCACGUCAGCGGCAACUCGACCAGCUACAACCGCCGCCUGCUGGAUAUCCUCGACAUCAACCUGCGCAACUUGGCCGAGGGCAAGGAGUUCAUGAACCGCGUGAGCAAGGAGCGGGGUUAUUAGAACUCGAACUCGGAACUAGACUAGAUAUCUGGGAGGUACCCUACCGUAGGAUAGUUGCAUCCAGGUUGGAGGAUGCGCUUCUGGUAGGCCCGGAAGGGCCCUUUUGUAAAAGAGGAAAAGUAAAUAGAGCGCAAUUGAAAAUAUUAUCGGUUAUAUCAUUCACCUAUUUUACAUAGGUAUUCAUCUCUAUCGUGUAUUUAUUCCUCCCAGACAUAUCAGUAUUUACAUAGCUCGUCAGACUUCAAAAUCCAACUUUCCUGUUUAUUUCUCA